UGUGGAAUGAAUCCCUGUCAUGUGACCAAGUCCGGUGAUAAAAGCAUCAGUGACGUAUUAAAGGGAAGCCUGUAGGCAUUUGAAAGACACAGCGCCGUUUUUCAAACAUCAGAAGUUAAAAAACCGACUCAUCUAUUCGGAAUUAUUAUUAAUAUUAUGUUUUAUUUAAAUGGUGUUGCACACCAGUUUGCUAGGCGUGGACGAUAAAAAAACAGUUACUAAACAGAGUCCCGUGUGAUGCCAUGGACAGUGUGGAGAUGGAAUCUGUCCCAAUUAAAGAGGAGCUCUUUGAACUUGAACUUGUUCCCUUUAGUGUGGAGUUCUUUGGGCUGGCUUGCCCCCCCAUAAAACAGGAGCUCUGUGAGGUGCAAUGUGACCAAAAAGCGGAGCACAGUGAAUUGGAAAUCCCCCAGACAGAACUGCUUUCUGUUAAACAAGAAGAGAUGCUGGAAAUUAAACAGGAGCCCCCGAAAGAGUUUGACCACAUGGAACCAGGGAAGGAAGAAUUUGAGGACUUCAAACCAAACAUCCCUGAGCUGGAGCCUGUACACCUGCGGGAGUGUAGCGUGGUGCUGGAGAGAAUCUGCAUGAGAGAGCAAGGUUCUGGAGAGGAAGGCUCUCCCAACAGCAUGCAGGGAGGUGGAAAGGAAGCCGGGUCAUAUUCAGAAUGCAGUCUAGCAGGUUCCAGUCCAGCAGCUAAAACGAGGGCAGGCGGUGGAGAAUAUCCUGACUCUGGUAAAGGUUUCACCCAGUUGGGGCAUUUUAAAAAACACCAACGAUUUCACAAAGGAGAGAAACCGUAUCGCUGCUCUGCCUGUGGGAAGCAUUUCAGUCAAUCGGGAAACCUGAAAAUACACCAACGAAUUCAUACAGGAGAGAAACCGUAUCGCUGCUCUGAGUGUGGGAAGUGUUUCAGUCAUUCAGGAGCCCUGAAAACACACCAACGAAUUCAUACAGGAGAGAAACCAUAUCGCUGCAUUAACUGUGGGAAGAUUUUCAGUAGGAUACACUCCCUGAAAACACACCAACGAAUUCACACAGGAGAGAAACCGUAUUGCUGCUCUGACUGUGGGAAGAGUUUCAGCCAAUUAGUACACCUUGAAACACACCAGCGAAUUCACACAGGAGAGAAACCGUAUCGUUGCUCUGACUGUGGGAAGAGUUUCAGCAACAGAGGAAUCCUGAAAGCCCACAUGCGAAUUCACACAGGACAGAAGCCGUAUUGCUGCACGGACUGUGGCAAGAGUUUCAGACUAUCUGGAGACCUGAAAAUACACCAGAGAAUUCACACAGGAAAGAAACCAUAUUGCUGCUCUGACUGUGGGAAGAGUUUCAGUCAAUUGGGAAACCUGAAAGCUCACCAGCGAAUUCACACAGGACAGAAACCGUAUUGCUGCUCUGACUGUGGGAAAAGAUUCAGAUGUUCAGAAAACCUGAAAACACACCAGAGAAUUCACACAGGAAAGAAACCAUAUUGCUGCUUUGACUGUGGGAAGAGUUUCAGACAGUCGGGAGACCUUGAAAGACACCAACGAAUUCACACAGGAGAGAAACCGUAUUGGUGCUCUGACUGUGGGAAGAGUUUCAGAGAUUCAGGAGACCUGAAAAAACACCAGCGAAUUCACACAGGAGAGAAACCGUAUUGCUGCUCCGAAUGUGGGAAGAGUUUCAAGCAGUCAGGAGAGCUGAAAACGCACCAGCGAAUCCACACAGGCGAGAAACCGUAUCGCUGCUCUGACUGUGGGAAGAGCUUCAGUCAGUCACACAGCCUUGUUUCUCACCAGCGAAUUCACACAGGAGAGAAACUGUAUUGCUGCUCUGACUGUGGGAAGAGUUUCAGAGAUUCAGGAGACCUGAAAAAACAUCAGCGAAUUCACUCAGGAGAGAAACCGUAUUGCUGCUCUGACUGUGGGAAGAGUUUCAGAGAUUCAGGAAACCUGAAAAAACAUCGGCGAAUUCACUCGGGAGAGAAACCGUAUUGCUGCUCUGACUGUGGGAAGAGUUUCGGAGAUUCAGGAAACUUGAAAAAACACCAACGAAUUCAUAGAGAAGAGAAACCUUAAAGAGCAUGUUCAAUGGAACUUUUCACUCAUUCGGGUGAAAAACAACCUUAACCUUGGAUUAUUAGUCCCUGUGUUUUUUUGGUUUUUUUUGUGCAGUCGACGCCGCCAAAUCGUAACACUGAUAAUCUGGAUUUCUGCUUAAAUGGGACAGAACUGGGGGACAGUUCUUCCCAAUGCUAGUUAUGUUUAUUUGGGAUGUCACUUUGUUUAUUUUGGCUACAGUAUUUUAAAAUGAUAAACGGAGAUCGCUUUUCAGAGCAAGACAGGUUUGUGUGGUGCAGUGUUUACAUAUUUAUGUUAUGACUUGUGUAAAUUGCGUAAACCAGAUUAACUCUUGAAGUCUCCUGUGAUUUCUCAGGGUAAUAUGUAUGUGUAUAUCUAUCUAUCUAUCUAUCUAUCUGUCUAUCUAUCUAUAUCAACAUCACAGGUGUCUCGCUUUGAUAUCAUGUGAUUUUUAAUUUUUUUUCAUUUAGAAAUAAAAAACAGCGAUUUCAUUGUAAUGUCACAAUAGCCUUCUCUGCUGUCGGUUUAACUCAGGCUGUCAAUGCAGUCAGUGCCUGGGAGCAGAAUAUGCAGGAAGGAAACUAUUUCCCAAUUUAACAGAUAUACGAGCCAGGAGAAAUCGAUAACUCAAUGUGGUAAAUAAGUUUCAGUGUUUAACAUUUAAACUUAAUCUGAAAAUAAAUAAAUUGAUCGGAAGGAGUAUCUCAACCACAGUGUAUAGCAUCCCAGAGACAAGACUGCACCAUAUACUGGGCAGUCGGCUGGAUGAUUUGACUUGUAAAUUCAUCACAAUUCUAGAACUAAUGAAACGAUGACAUGAAUGACCGAAUAUUGCGUGAUGUGUAGGUUUGCAAUGUGCAUUGUCCAUGUUUUUAUUUUAGCCUGCUUAUGUAAACUGCCCCGAAUAAUACAUGUGUAGCAAGCAUGUGUACUGAUCUUAGGUACAGAAAAGCAUACAGGUUUUAUCCCUGUCUCUUUCUUGCUCUUUUGCAGUAGUUUACACUCUGACAAAUUACAAAUGGAAAUGUUGCUUAGCUAUGACUAUUAAUGGAUUAAGCUACCAUUACAGAGCAUAAAAUAAUAUAAAAUGCAGUCUAGUAAUAGAAAUAAACAUGUAGGGGCUUGUGACAGGAUGACGUUGUGGUGACGUCAGGCCAGAUGCAGGAACAGAAAAACAAAGGCAGUACUGCAGGGCAAAAAGACGUGCCAAAAUAAAAUAUUAAAAAAAAAAAAAAACUGCUCACAGAGCAAAAUAAAUAAUUAAACAAAAUAAAUCACAAACACUACAACCGGUCAGGCUGGGCAAUCGCCUUCACUGACCCUAUCCUUUUGUUUAGUUUAGUUCUCUCACUCUCCUGUACUCUGUACACCACCCCGAGUGCAGAGAGCUGCAGGCUUUUAUUUACUAUGACCAAGGGGUUAACUAUCGAUUUAUCUCAUUACCCCUCGGCCACAAUCUACACAAGUUUUUUUUUUUUUUAUGUGGAUGGGGCUUCCUAUCCACUCUGCUAAAAUAAAUACAAAAUAAUAAAACACGGCUCUGCCGUCAUUUAUAAAUAAACCAUAACAAUAAUAAUACAACAAAACAAAUACAAAACAGUCAACUGCUCAGGGGCGGAGGGGUACCCCGUUCUAUAAAUAAAUAAAUAAUACAUUUAUGACAGGGCUUUGCCCUGCCCCCUUUUCAUGUACAGGGCUCCUGUCCCUGUUACAGGGGUCCAUAGAUUUUGCAACAGAUUUAUUUACCUUUAGUGCAGAUACAUAUAUAUCGGUGCAACAGAUGCUUUGAUACAAAAGCAUUUUUUCUUUGUCAUAAUGAAAUGCUGCUGUGUUGUAGAUGCUGAAUCUUGGUGGAGUCCUGUUUUGAUUUAAAAUUGCUGUUCAGUAUUAAUGCUGAUUUAGGGUGUGGUUUUAACAUAAAUAUUUUCUGGCCACUCUUAUUAAGAGACCAACAAAAACCUUCAUAUUAUGAGGAGUCUUUGCCACCGCUUACUAGGGCUGCUACGAUUAAAUCUAAAAUGUUUUUUUGAUCGAUUCCAUUCCUCAUUAUAUACAUCGAUAUAAAUACUGGAUAAUCGAUUCAAUACUUAACGUAAUAGUUCAUGUUAUUUAAGUUUAUAAACAAAACUGUACCGAAGCCCUACUUUGUUAUUUUGUUAUUUUGUUAUUUAAAGCCGGAUUAAAGGACGAGGGGGCCCUAUGCACAAUAGGUUGUGAAACAGUGUUGUAAUUAACAGCCUGUAGGUAAAGUGUAUCUGCAAGGAAAGCUUUCAGUUCUACGUCAGAUGCAUGUUCACCAUUUAGACUUUGCAAAACAAAUACAAUGUGUAACAUCUCAGUUGACUUGUCAGUGACCACUGACAAGCAACCAAUUUACCAAUUCCAUAAUCUCCUGCUUGUGAUACUCAGCAACUUUAGGUAAGUAUUCACGUCUCAGCUGGGCUGAUAAAGGAAUCACUCCACCAUUUGCUACACUCAGUCUGAAGAAUUUACGUUCCUUUUUAGUCCAAUUUUUCAAGAGGGAUAUUUGUGCAAACAAACACCUCUGUCAGGUCAAAAUGUAAUGUGUUUCCUGCUUCACAGUUUUCAGUGGACUUUUGGAACAUGACAGUCAUCGUUUUUUGUUUGUUUGCAAGUAAAGCAGUCGCGGUACUGCUCUGGAUUUCUGCCUUUCUCUUGAAUCUAAAUGCUUGUCAGCAGACUACUUUCAGUAGUGAUCUACAGUAACAUUGCAGGACGUACCGAAGAGCUUCCCUCCAUCGCUGUGUAAAACUCGUGCUGGAUACGCAAUAAAUGGAAACUGUUUAAAAUACUGCCAAAUCUAAGGCUAAUGAAUAUACCGGUACCUGCAUUACAAUAUAUAGAAGUGUUUAUUAUAACAAGUUGUACAUUUCAGUAAAUGAAAUUGCAUCCCCAUUACAUCUAUUAUAUGAAGCUUAUAGUAAUACUGGUCUGUGUUGUUACUUGCAGAAAUUGUUUAGUGGCAUUUGUUUUUAAAUAAAGUGUUGGCUGACAUUCA